GGCAAGUCACAGUCACUUGGCAGUGUGGAUAAUAUCAAUAUGAAACUGUUCCUCGCAGUCGUGUGCUUGGCCGUUGCCGCAUCCGCGGUGGAGAUUGGAGUUCCGUCUCAGGAAAACCCAGUCUUUGGCUACCAUCAAAACUUCGGUAUUGCUGAAGCUGCCAGGAUCAAGAAGGCUGAGGAAGAAACCAGCCCCAGCGCCCAGAGAAUCGUCGGAGGAUCUGUCACUGACAUUUCCAACGUCCCUUACCAGGCUGGUCUCGUGAUCCAAGUUUUGGUCAUCUUCCAAUCCGUGUGCGGUGGUUCCAUCAUCUCCCACAACCGCAUCGUGACCGCUGCUCACUGCAACUGGGACGGUUCUAUCACCGCUAACUCUUUCACCGUUGUGCUUGGCUCCAACUUCCUCUUCUCCGGCGGUAACCGCAUCACCACCAGAGAUGUUGUCAUGCACCCCAACUGGACCCCAACCACCGCUGCCAACGACAUUGCUGUCCUCCGCAUUAGCUCUGUUACUUUCACCAACGUGAUCCAGCCCAUCGCCCUGCCCAGCGGCAACGAGCUCAACAACGACUUCGUCAACUGGAACGCUAUCGCUUCCGGAUACGGUCUUACCGCUGACGGUGCUAACAUCGGUACUACCCAACGUGUCAGCUCCGUGGUACUCCCCGUGAUCUCCAACGCCCAGUGCGCCACCGUCUUCGGCCCAUGGGUGCACAACAGCAACAUCUGCACCAGCGGAGCUGGAGGCAAGGGUACCUGCAGCGGUGACUCCGGCGGCCCUCUCGCCGUUGACAGCAACAACAGGAGAGUCUUGAUCGGAGUUACUUCCUACGGUGCCGCCGCCGGUUGCCAGAUUGGUCUGCCCGCUGCCUUCGCCAGAACCACCUCAUACGUCUCCUGGCUCCAGUCCCAUGUCACAAUACAGUACGUACGCACCUGCAUAAUUGUACCAAUUUUAUCAGUUUAUGGAUUAUAUAUUUGCCGAUUGAUAAGAUUUAAAACAAACACAUAUAAAUUGAACAUGUUACUACAACUCAGUCAGUCGAUCAACUUUUCUAUAAUGAAGCUGUUAGUGGGAGCAGUGUGUUUUGCCUUGACCGUGGUGGUCUCGGCACUUGAGAUACCUCCAGCUCAUGCCAAUACCGUCUUCGGCUACCACUUACAGUACGGUAUUCCAGAAGCCAGAAGGAUACGAAAUUCAGAAUUACUUAAAAUCUCAGGAGGUCAAGUUCAAGAUGUUAAAGAUAUACCGUAUCAGGCUGGAAUCAUAGUUACAAUAAUGUCCUUCUUCACAUCAGUAUGUGGAGCGACCAUUAUUUCUUCAACGCGCCUCCUAACUGCUGCUCACUGUCAUUUUGAUGGAAUGUUCACCGCUCAGUAUUUCACCGUCGUUUUAGGUUCAAAUGCCUUAUUCACUGGUGGUCUACGGAUUGACACGAGGGAUGUGGUGCUACAUCCUAAUUGGAAUCCAACUACUAUUGCUAAUGAUAUAGCCGUCAUACGUGUGAAUCAAUUCAAGUUUACUCCUUCCAUCAUGCCUAUAGCUCUACCCAGUGGCAAUGAGCUCACUAACAACUUCGUGGGGUGGUAUGCGCAGGCUUCAGGCUACGGAAUAACGUUUCAAGGUGGCACCAUAGUAGAUGACCAGCCAAUCAGCUCAGUGAUCGUACCUGUUAUCAGUAAUAACGAAUGUAGAUUAGCAUUCGGAAAUUAUAUUUUGGACACUAUUAUCUGCACCAGUGGGAGGUCAGGGAAGGGUACAUGUGCAGGAGACUCGGGUGGACCUGUUGUUGUGAGGUCUAAUAAUAGACCCAUUGUUGAAAAACCAGUACAUGACAGGAUGAAGAUUGCAUUAGUGUUGAUAUCAGUUUGUGUGAUCGCGAUAGGAGCGGAAAAUCCUUUACAAAAUGGUGUGUACGAUUACCAUAGAAGGAUUGGAAUACCUACAGCUUUUAAGAUUAAACUACGAGAAAGAGAAGCUAUAGAAAAAAACGAAGACAGGAUUGUCGGUGGAUCCUCAACAACUACUCUCUCAGUACCAUACCAGGCUGGUAUAAUCAUAAGGAUAAAUAUCAUAUCCAAUUCAGUAUGUGGUGGUGCUUUGAUAUCUGACAUCAGGGUGCUCACAGCAGCUCACUGCUACAACGACGGUAACAACGUCGCUCAGAGUUUCCAAGUCAUCCUUGGAUCCAACUUCUUGUUCUCUGGUGGCACCAGGAUUGAUACCACCAGCAUCGCCAUCUUCCCUGGAUACAACCCUUGGAUUGCAGCUAAUGAUGUUGCUGUGUUGCGGAUUGACAAAGUCAAUUUCUCAUUGCAAAUCCAACCAAUUAUCCUGCCAUCGGGUAGCGAACUCAACUCGAAUUUCGUCGGAAGCACUGCUCUCGCCUCCGGCUAUGGAAUAACUAGAGACGGUGACAGCGUCAACCUACUCCAAACGAUCAGCUCAGUGAAUUUGCAAGUGAUCUCCAACUCGGAGUGCGGCAACAGUUACGGCCAUGUCAUCCAGAACCACCACCUCUGUACCAGUGGUGCUGGAGGAGUCGGCAUCUGUGGUGGAGACACCGGUGGACCACUUGUUACCACUUUCAAUAAUAGGAGGAUUCUGAUCGGCAUCGGCUCGUUCACAGCGACUGCAGGCUGCCAAGCUGGCUUGCCAUCAGGCUUCUCAAGAGUCACUUCGUUCGUACCUUGGAUUCAUACCAUAUAAUGUAACUGAUAGGUGAUAUAGAAACAAAUAAAUUAUGUCCUAAAAUCAACAA